GGAGGAGGGGGGGCUGAGCUGGAGGUUCCACCGAUGCUUUAAGUUGAAGUCAUCUGGAUGGAUGCUGUCAGACGCGCGCAGGAGGGGCUCGGCAGCGGCACGCGACGCGAUGGGCUCGGUCGGCCGCGCGCUCGGCGCACCGGCUGUACAGCACUGACGAACACCGAGAAACUUCUUUAUUGAUUCCCUCCCGCUCUCUUGCCGGUUGCUUUCUUCCUCUCCCGAGUUCGCUCAAUGUAGAGAGCAGAGACACGCGCUCACAGCCGCUCCCCUCGCCGUCCCGUUCUCCAGGUGCGCGCACCUUCGCGGGCCUCCCGAACCGAAGCGGCGCGAUGGGACACGCCGUGGAAGCGGGGCGCAGCGUGCUGCUCGCGCUCGCCUGCUUCGCCCUGGCCAGGUGUCCGAGGACGGAGGCGGCCCCGAACAUCACGGUGGCCGUGAUGCUGCCCGACAACUACAACAAGUACCCGUGGGCUCUGGCGCGCGUCUUCCCGGCCAUCCGCAUGGCGCACGAGGACGUGCAGAAGAACCGCCUGCUGCUGAGGGGCUACGCGGUGAACCUGCUCAAGAUGAGCACGGAGGACCAGGGCAGCGGCUGCUCCGAGACGCGCGCGCAGAUCAUCGCCGUAGACACGCUCUACAACAAGCCGGACGCCUUCUUCGGGCCCGGCUGCGUGUACUCGGUGGCUUCGGUCGGCAGGUUCGCGACCCACUGGAAGCUGCCGCUGAUAACGGCCGGCGCCCCGGCGUACGGCUUCGACCAGAAGAAGGAGUACCGGACGGUGGUGCGGACGGGGCCCUCCACCACCAAACUGGGCGAGUUCGCCUUCGAGCUGCACUCGCACUUCAACUGGACCUCGAGGGCCGUGCUCAUCUUCCUCGACUUGAAGACGGACGACCGGCCCUAUUACUUUCUCUCCGAGGGCAUUUACACCUUUCUCACCCAGGAGAACAUCACGGUGCAAGCGUUCCCGUACGGCGGAACCGAGAACGUCGAUUACAAAGAGAUCAUAACUCACAUUAAGGAGAACGGACGAAUUGUGUACAUCUGCGGACCUCUGGACACGUUCCAUAAUAUUAUGAAGCGUUUCCAGAGCGAGGGGUUGAAUCCAGAGGACUAUGCCAUUUUCUACUUGGAUAUGUUUGGAGAGAGUCUCCGAGACGGCACCUACAAACCGUGGCUGAAUGCCAACGAUAACUUCUGGACAGAUCCAAUCAAGCUGUUCAAGUCUGUGUUUGUGAUAACGUACAGAGAGCCCGACAACCCUGAAUACAUAGCUUUCCAGCAAGAGCUCCACCUGCGAGCGAAACAAGAUUUCGCCGUCAAACUGGAACCUUCCUUGGUGGACUUCAUAGCCGGCUGCUUCUAUGACGGAUUCAUGUUGUACGCGCUGGCCCUCAACGAGACUUUGGCUGAAGGAGGCUCUCAGAACGAUGGCAUAGGCAUCACAAGGAGAAUGCAGAACCGGAAAUUCUGGGGGGUUACAGGUCUGGUGAGUACAGACAAGAACAAUGACAGGAACACAGAUUUUACCCUCUGGGCCAUGACAAACCACAAGAGCGGCCAAUACGGGGUUGUUGCACAUUAUAAUGGGACAAAUAAGGAAAUCAUCUGGUCUCAGACUGAGACGAUACAGUGGCCCAAAGGAAGACCACCUCUAGAUAACCCGAUAUGUGCAUUUUCUUCAGAUCACCCCUCGUGUAAUGAAAAUCAUUUGCCUGUCCUUGGGAUUGUUGCCGUGGGCUCCGGUCUGGCCCUCAUCAUUUUUGGAAUAUCAAGUUUUCUCAUUUACAGGAAGCUGAAGCUGGAGAAGGAGCUGGCUGACAUGUUGUGGAGAAUAAGGUGGGAGGACCUGCAGUUUGAAAGUCCCAACAAAUACCACAAACGUGCCGGAAGCCGACUCACCCUCUCACAGCGAGGCUCCAGCUACGGAUCCCUGAUAUCAGCACAUGGAAAGCAUCAGCUCUUUGCAAAAACAGGCUAUUUUAAGGGCAAUCUGGUGGCAAUCAAGCACGUAAACAAAAAGAGGAUAGAGCUGACAAGACAAGUGCUGUUUGAACUGAAGCACAUGAGGGACGUUCAGUUCAACCAUCUGACAAGGUUCAUAGGCGCUUGCAUUGACCCUCCCAACAUCUGCAUUGUGACAGAGUACUGUCCCAGAGGCAGUCUUCAGGACAUUCUUGAGAAUGACAGCAUUAACCUCGACUGGAUGUUUCGGUAUUCACUAAUCAACGAUAUAGUCAAGGGAAUGAAUUAUCUGCACAACAGCUAUAUUGGCUCUCAUGGCAAUCUGAAGUCAUCCAACUGUGUAGUGGACAGCCGAUUUGUGUUGAAAAUCACUGAUUACGGUUUGGCCAGUUUUCGGUCGUCGUGCGAAAACGAGGAUUCGCAUGCACUCUACGCAAAAAAACUGUGGACUGCUCCAGAGCUGCUGAUAUAUGACAGACCCCCCCCACAGGGCACGCAAAAGGGGGAUGUUUACAGUUUUGGCAUUAUACUGCAGGAGAUUGCCCUAAGGAAUGGGCCUUUUUACGUGGCGGGCAUGGACUUGAGUCCUAAAGAGAUCGUGCAGAAGGUGCGCAAUGGCCAGCGACCCUACUUCCGGCCCACCACCGACACCAGCUGCCACUGCGAGGAGCUGGCUGUGCUCAUGGAGAGCUGCUGGGCCGAGGACCCCGCGGAGCGACCUGAUUUCAGCCACAUCAAAAUAUACAUCAUGAAGCUCAACAAGGAGGGAAGCACCAGCAUUCUCAAUAAUCUCCUGUCCAGAAUGGAGCAGUAUGCCAAUAACUUGGAGAACUUGGUGGAAGAGCGCACGCAAGCGUACCUCGAAGAGAAGAGAAAAGCAGAGAAUCUGCUUUACCAGAUCUUGCCGCAUUCAGUGGCAGAACAGCUGAAAAGAGGAGAAACCGUUCAGGCAGAAGCUUUUGAUAGUGUCACUAUUUAUUUCAGUGACAUUGUUGGCUUCACUUCUUUGUCAGCUGAAAGCACACCGUUACAGGUUGUGAAUUUACUGAAUGAUCUGUACACCUGCUUCGACGCUAUCAUCGAUAACUUUGAUGUUUAUAAAGUGGAAACAAUCGGUGAUGCGUACAUGGUUGUGUCAGGUCUGCCUGUUCGCAAUGGCAAGUUACACACACGAGAAAUUGCUGGGAUGUCAUUAGCCUUACUGGAACAGGUGAAAACCUUCAAGAUCCGGCACAGACCCAAUGACCAGCUUCGUCUACGAAUAGGCAUUCAUACAGGACCUGUCUGUGCUGGGGUCGUUGGUUUGAAAAUGCCACGGUAUUGCUUAUUCGGGGACACUGUCAACACAGCAUCUCGAAUGGAGUCAAAUGGAGAAGCCUUGAAGAUACACGUCUCCUCAGCCACCAAAGAAGUGCUGGAUGAGUUUGGUUAUUUUGAACUUCAGCUGCGAGGGGAUGUCGAAAUGAAGGGCAAAGGAAAAAUGAGGACGUACUGGCUUCUAGGGGAAAAGAAAGACGUCUAUGUCAUCUGACAUCCCUCUUGAUGAUACAGUACGUACCUUCAUUGCUGUGGAGCAGACCACAGAGGCUUCGAGGGCCCAGCCUGCGGUUUUAUUUGAUCUCAGAUAAAUCUGGAAGGGCAUUUCCUUUGGUAGAGAACAGCAACACAUUUAAUAAAUUAUACACUGAAAGAAAGGUUGGCUAUUUCAGGUGUGUUUCAUACCUGCAGGUCUGCAAAAAUGUAAAGUUUUUAAUGAAGAACAUUCUGUCCCGAGUACUUUCCAGUGAUAAAAUUUUUAUUUUUGUGCUUUCUAUAUAAGAUUUGUAUAAUGUGUUUGUAAAUCAAUGAUGUUUUAAUAAUAUUUCCAUACAGAAUACAUAGAGGAAUGGGUCAUGUUAUGAAAGUGGGACCCAUCGCUAUGGGCAUUACAAUGAUGGAGGGUCAACAUAAUGUCCCAUGGUACUACACUACAAUACAGGUUAAUAUAUGUAUAUAUGUAUAGCCCAGAUAUUGCUAAAUAUUUUGUUCAAUAAAUUGAUUGAAUUGCAAA